AUGCCGGUCAGCCAAAGUUCAAGCAGGGUGGAGAGUUUGCAAUCCAAGACUCUUGUCAUAGAUGCUGACUCUGCGAAAGCGCCUGUUAUUACAAUGCUGCUUGAAUCGGCCUCCAAGGAAGAUCUCGAAGAUCUAGAGUUGCUGGAUAAAGAUAUAAUAGACAUGAAUACGGAUGUGAUAGAUUCAGGAUCUCAGGUACAAAUACGAAUUUUGGAUCUACCGGCCGAUAUAGUAUACAACCCAUUACAGUCAGAUCCUACGGAUCGUUGGACUAUUGGGGACAGUCUCGGGUUGACGUCUCCUGAACAAGAAAGGCACCCACUAUAUUUUGAUCAAAUUGAUGAAACACCAGGAUCGAUUGAGAAAGCAUAUGCCAAGUUGUAUUACAGGAGUUCAGAAAUAGUUUAUUCGAUAAUAGAUCUGGCCAAGUGGGUGUAUUCUAAGUGCUAUCAAUAUUACUGGUAUACGCUAAUCAACCUUAGUGUUCGGUAUCCGAAAUUUGGGACGUGGCUAUAG